AUGGCUUUCAUCACAUCUGAAGAGAUGUCACAAAACAUGAUAUCAAUGAAGACAUCACUCGAGACCACAGAUGACGGCAAUGAAGACAACAAACAACAGGCGCAAAUCGAUGCGAAGAAGUCUUUCAAUCGUUUCGACGAUGACUUGUGUGGACACAUAUUGUCUUAUCUCUCAGUCGAAGACCGAUUCCGUUACGAAUGUGUGUCCAAACGAUUCCAGAAGAAAGUCUUGGAGAGUGUUGUGAACAUCGAUAUCAAUGUCUUCAGCGGACUCUUUGAGCAAUUAUACGAAACAAACGCAACAAUGACUCAGAUUUGCAAACAAUUGAAAACAAUGGCCACAAAGUGUCCAAACAUUGAAACUAUUGAUUGCCAGCAAAACAGCAUAUCUUUCGUAUCGGUUCCCAAAGUGUUGACUAUAUUUCGUAAUAAUUGUCAACAUUUACGCGACAUUUACUAUGAAUUAGGUUCAGAUGAUUACCAAUUGGUCCCACAAUUUGCACCAAUGAUGACACACGGGAAACUGGAACCGAGCCGUCAUUCACUCAUUCGUUGCCAUCGAUUGUCUCAUUUGCGAGUCUCCUCUUUGCCGGACGUCUUUCACACCACUUCUGGAGAACUAUUGGCGAAGAAUUUACACACAUUUACAUUCAAUCACAGUUUGACUGCGAGUGGAGUACUCUUUGAGGCAUUCAUUGCCGGCAAUCAGACCCUCAAAAGUCUGACAAUAUAUCCAUCGAGUGGUUAUCCAAACAAUAUGAAUGAAGUGACCGAACAGUUGUCACGAUUACCACAAUUGCGGGAAUUGUCACUUCAUUUACAUCUAACCGAUUGCCAGACAUUGAAUUCGUUAAGAUUUUGUCCGCAAUUAAAACGAUUGACAUUAGAUCUCAACGAAGAAAUCGAUCAGAAAAUGUUGGAUCCAUUGAAACACUGCCGACGUUUAACGCAUUUGACUAUACAUUCAAUCGGACCUAAAGUUGAUACUAAUUCGCUGUUUAAUUGUGUCAAUCAUUGGCCACGACUUCAAUACUUAUCCAUUGAUGAUUGCAAUUACGAAAGAGGUGUCGAGUUUUUGGGUUACAUCUCAAGACUCCCGGCGCUGCAAACGCUUGUAAUCGAGGGUUUGAACGGUUUUCUCAGAGAUAAUGAUUUCUCGGAUCUGUUGGUCAGAAGUCCUAAACUAAAGAACAUUACAAUCCAUAUGACCCAAGAGUUGACACAUUUGAAGACAUCAUUCGAGACCAGAGAUGACGGCAAUGAAGACAACGCACACCAGUCACAAAUCUAUGCGAAGAACUCUUUUGAUCGUUUCGGUGAUGACUUGUGUGGACUUCUGUUAUCUUAUUUUCCACUCAAAGAUCGGUUUCAAUACGAAUGUGUGUCCAAACAGUUCCAGAGGAAAAUCUUCGCGAGUGUUGUGGACAUUGAUAUCGAUUAUAAAUUCAGAUUACAUAUGAGAAACACAACAAUGACUCAAAAGAUGUCCACAAUUGCCAUAAAGUGCCCAAACAUUGAGACAAUUGACUUUCGAAGAUUACAUUCUGCCGAACGUAUUCCCCAAUUGUUGGCCAUAUUUCGAGACAAUAGUCCGCAUUUGCGGGACGUUUACUGUGAAUUGAGUGAUGAGACUAACCAAUGGAUCCAAGACUUUGGACAAUUGGUCACACGAAUCAAAGGCUACUCUUCAUCGAUAAAACAGGCACUCAUUCAUUGCCACCGAUUGUCUCAUUUAAAUACAAGCGAAUUAUCAAACGUUUUUGCCGACAAUUCCGGACAACUGUUGGCAAACAAUUUGAUUAAAUUUGGUUUCAGUUAUGGUUCGGAUGAAAGUGAAGAAUCGGAUGAUAAUGAAGAGGUGAUUAACAAUGAAGAACUGUUGUCCCGAUUCCUGGCGGGGAAUCAAUCACUUAAAAGUGUUUCUGUCGAUAAUUACAAUAACGAAAUGCCAAUAGAUAUCACAGAACUGGUCCACCAAUUGUCACGAUUACCACAAUUACGGCAAUUGACGCUCCGUUUAGACCUAAUCGAUGGCCAGACAUUGGAUCCGUUGACAUCAUUCCCGCGGUUAAUGCGUUUACAAAUAUAUUCCACUCAAACAAUCGAUGUGGAAGUGUUGGAACCGUUGAAACAAUGCCAACGGUUGACACAUUUAACACUUAAUAUAUUGCAAAUGAGUGACACAUUUUGGGUUAAUUGUGACAAACAUUGGCCGCGACUUCAAUGCCUAUCCAUUCGUGACAACAAUUACAAGAUUGAGGUUUUGGAUCACAUCUCAAGACUACCGGCUCUGCAGACACUGGCAAUCAAUGGCAUCAGUGAAUGUCUCAACGAUAAUGAUUUCGAUGACCUGUUGUCCAGAAGUCCUAAACUAAAGGCUAUUAGAAUCGGUGGAUAUCUAAGAACUUAUUGUCAUAUGGAAUAUGAGUACAAACUGUUUUUCAUCACAUCUGAAGAGAUGUCACAAAUCGUGAAAUCAUUGAAGACAUCACUCGAGACCACACAUGAAGACAUUGAAGACAACAUUCAACAGACACAAAUCUAUGCAAAGAACUCUUUCAAUCGUUUCGGUGAUGAACUGUUUGGACACAUAUUGUCUUAUCUCACAUUCAAAGACCGAUUCCAAUACGAAUGUGUGUCCAAACGCUUCCAGAGAAGGAUCUUCGAGAGUGUGGUGUAUAUCGAUAUCUAUGUCUUCAAUGGAUUCAUUAGACACAACACAAACACAACAAUCACUCAAACGUUGGCCACAAUCGCCAGAAAGUGUCCAAACAUUGAGAUCAUUGAUUCCAUACAAUUGAGAGAAUUUUAUGGAUCCGUUUACAACGUGUUGACAAUAUUUCAUAAUAGUUGUCAAUAUUUGCGUCAAAUAUACUCUCUGUUACGUUCAGAUUAUUACCAAUUGAUCCAACGAUUCGGACCAAUGAUGACAAGAAUACACGUUUACGAUUCGUUGGCAAAGAAUUCCCUCAUUCAAUGCCACCGAUUGUCUCAUUUGCGAGUCUAUCACCACUUGCCGGAUGUCUUCGACACCACUUCAGGGCAACUAUUGGCCAACAAUUUACACACAUUUUCAUUUAAUCACAGUUUGACUGCGAGUGGAGUACUCUUUGAGGCAUUCAUUGCCGGCAAUCAGACCCUCAAAAGUCUGACUAUUUAUCGGUCGAGUGAUUGUCCAAACAAUAUGAAUGAAGUGACCGAACAGUUGUCACGAUUACCACAAUUGCGUGAAUUGACACUUCAUUUACAUCUAACCGAUUGCCAGACAUUGAAUUCAUUGCCGUUUUGUCCGCAAUUAAAACGAUUGAAAUUAGAUCUCAGCGAAGAAAUCAACCCUCAAAUGUUGGAUCCGUUGAAACACUGCCGACGGUUAACACAUUUGACUAUACAUUCAAUCGGACCUAAAUUUGACACCAAUUCACUGUUUAAUUGCGGUAAUCAUUGGCCACGACUUCAAUACCUAUCGCUUGAGGAUUGGUUUUACGAGAGAGGCGUCGAGUUUUUGUCACACAUCUCGAGACUACCGGCGCUGCAAACGCUUGUAAUCCAUGAUAUGACCCAAGAGUUGACACAUUUGAAGACAUCACUCGAUACCAGAGAUGACGGCGAAGACAACGCACACCAGUCACAAAUCUAUGCGAAGAACUCAUUUGAUCGUUUCGGCGAUGACUUGUGUGGACUUCUGUUGUCUUAUUUUCCACUCAAAGAUCGGUUUCUAUACGAAUGUGUAUCAAAACAGUUCCAGAGGACAAUCUUUGCGAGUGUUGUGGACAUUAAUAUCGAUUAUUCAUUCAGAUUACAUAUGAGAGACACAACAAUGACUCAAAUGAUGUCCACAAUUGCUACGAAGUGUCCCAAUAUUGAGACCAUUGAUAUUCGAAGAUUACUUAGUGGCGAACGUAUUCCCAAAUUUUUGGCCAUAUUUCGAGACAAUUGUCGGCAUUUACGGGACGUUUACUGUGGACUGAGUUAUGAGAUCAACCAAUGGAUGCAAGACUUUGGACAUCUGAUCACACGAAUCUGUGACGGCGACUCUUCAUCGAUAAAACAGGCACUCAUUCAUUGCCACCGAUUGUCUCAUUUAAAUAUAAGCCAAUUAUCAAACGUUUUUGCCGACAAUUCCGGACAACUUUAUGGUUUGUAUGAAACUGAAGAACUCGAUGAUAACGAAGAGGUGGUCAACAGUGAAGAACUGUUGUCCCGAUUCCUGGCGGGGAAUCAAUCCCUUAAAAGUGUUUCCGUCAAUAAUUACAGUCACGAUAUGCCGAUAGAUAUCACAGAACUGGUCCACCAAUUGUCACGAUUACCACAAUUGCGGAAAUUGACGCUUAAUUUAGAUCUAAUCGGUGGCGAGUGUUUGGAUUCGUUGCCAUUAUUCCCGCGGUUAAUACGUUUACAAAUAAUUGAUACCAAAAAUGCAAUCGAUGCCAAACUAUUGGAACCGUUGAAACUCUUGCACCGAUUGACACAUUUAACACUUAAUAUACUGAAAAUGAAUGACAAAUUUUUGGUUAAUUGUGGUAAACAUUGGCCGCGACUUCACUACCUAUCCAUUCGUGACAACAAUUACAAGAUUGAGGUUUUGGAUUACAUCUCAAGACUACCGGUUCUGCAGACACUGGCAAUCAAUGGCAUCACUAAAUGUCUCAAAGAUAAUGAUUUCGAUGACCUGUUGUUCAGAAGUGGUAAACUAAAGACCAUUAGAAUCGGUGGACGGAUGAGAUGUUAUUGUCGUAAACGUUAA